AUGACCCACUGCAGGUCAAGAACCUCCAGCACUUCACUUGACAUUCUAAGCCCACCCUGCCCAUCCACCAUAUCNGUCAACGAGAGCCUCCUCACGCCCCUCAACCUGGAGAUCGACCCCAACGCGCAGUGCGUGAAGCAGGAGGAGAAGGAGCAGAUCAAGUGCCUCAACAGCAGGUUUGCGGCCUUCAUCGACAAGGUGCGCUUCCUGGAGCAGCAGAACAAACUGCUGGAGACAAAGCUGCAGUUCUUCCAGAACCGUGAGUGCUGUGAGAGCAACCUGGAGCCCCUGUUUGAGGGCUACAUUACAACUCUGCGGCGGGAGGCCGAGUGCGUGGAGGCCGACAGCGGGAGGCUGGCCUCAGAGCUCAACCACGUGCAGGAGGUGCUGGAGGGUUACAAGAAGAAGUAUGAAGAAGAGGUGGCACUAAGGGCCACUGCUGAGAAUGAAUUUGUGGCCUUGAAGAAGGAUGUGGACUGUGCCUACUUGCGCAAAUCAGACCUGGAGGCCAAUGUGGAGGCCCUGACCCAGGAGAUCGACUUCCUGAGGCGGCUGUAUGAGGAGGAGAUCCGCAUUCUCCAGUCGCACAUCUCAGACACCUCAGUGGUCGUCAAGCUGGACAACAGCCGGGACCUGAACAUGGACUGCAUCGUCGCUGAGAUCAAGGCACAGUACGACGACAUUGUCACCCGCAGCCGGGCCGAGGCCGAGUCCUGGUACCGCAGCAAAUGCGAGGAAAUGAAGGCCACGGUGAUCAGACAUGGGGAGACCCUGCGCCGCACCAAGGAGGAGAUCAACGAGCUGAACCGCAUGAUCCAGAGGCUGACAGCCGAGGUGGAGAACGCCAAAUGCCAGAACUCCAAGCUGGAGGCCGCGGUGGCCCAGUCUGAGCAGCAGGGUGAGGCGGCCCUCAGUGAUGCCCGCUGCAAGCUGGCCGAGCUGGAGGGCGCCCUGCAGAAGGCCAAGCAGGACAUGGCCUGCCUGAUCAGGGAGUACCAGGAGGUGAUGAACUCCAAGCUGGGCCUGGACAUCGAGAUCGCCACCUACAGGCGCCUGCUGGAGGGCGAGGAGCAGAGGUUGUGUGAGGGCGUUGGUGCUGUAAAUGUCUGUGUCAGCAGCUCCCGCGGCGGGGUCGUGUGCGGGGACCUGUGCGUGUCGGGCUCCCGGCCGGUGACCGGCAGCGUCUGCAGUGCCCCCUGCAGCGGGAACGUGGCAGUGAGCACCGGCCUGUGUGCGCCCUGCGGCCAGACCUGCGGCAGCAGCCGCUCCGUGCGCUUCGCCUGA